UCAUCGCAACAAAAAAUGGUGAAGUCGAACUGAGAACGAGUGAAGAGAAGUGGCGGAAGCAUGGUUGGAGGCUGGAGCUAUAGACGCAGCCGCUAAUCUACCAAAGGAAUCUGAUUGCUGUUUCUAGAUUUCGUCGAGGUAUUUUGUUUUCCUAGAUUCUCAUCAACAAUGCUGGCAGGAUUAUGAAACUACUGAGAACUUGUGAUGGACAAAACUCCAGAAUUUUUUUUCUUUCGAUGGUACUUUCUCCCUGAUAGGUGGCUCAUUAUAUGUCCACUUGGUAAAUUGUCCAGGUGGACUUUUGAGCAGGAGGGUGGUUCAUGCGCAAAUCUUGCAAGGGCUUUGCUGGCGGCGUGGCACUACCGGAGAAUUUGAUGGUGGAGAUGUAUGGGAAAUGCUGAAGCGUUGCGCAAGAAUGUUUUCAGCUGGAGCAUCAUGAUCUCGGCAUAUGCCCAGAAUGGGCAUUUUUGAGAGGCAUUGCAACUCUUCCAGGCCAUGGAUUUGGAAGGCAUGCAGCCCAAUUUCUUCAGCUUCAGCAGCGUUUUCGUGGCCUGCUCCGAGGUUCCAUUGCAGGCAUUAGUUUGCGCAAUGUUCUCUCGCUGCUGGUGGAUUGAUGCCAGGGCGAUUUUUGCAGAGUGAUAUGGGGUGGAGAGAAAUCUCAGCUCUUGAGGUAGACAUGCUUUAAGAAAAAACUGGGGUGGGCACGGUUGGCCGAGGAGUGAAGGGGCUGUGACAGCAUUAGACUUCCUGUCCAUGCUCCUGGGAGCUCAAUUAAAAUCUCCACUAGGUCUGUCAAAUGCAACUCUCCGCUGGAGAUGAUGGAAACUUUUGCAACGGGAUUGCGACUUGGGCAUCAAUGCUCCUACAGCGCGUGGCCAUCACCAAGGACACUGUAGCAUCCCUCUUGUCAGAUCUUAUAACGCAAGCCUACUAUUACUUCCACAUUUCUCCAUUUUCUGCUUGCAAGCAAGAUACUAGGUGGCUGUAAUGCUCAAUCAUUUGUAGUCUGCCGGUGGCCAGCUCUUAGAAUGUAUAAAAACAUGAUGUAUCAACAAACCACAAAUCUCUUGUGUGAGUGAAACAAAACUGAUUGCUUUGUUUGUAAUCCCUAACUUGCAUACUUUCUUCUAUCGGGAAAACACAAAGGGAGUGUAUCCCAGAUCGAGUCUAUCGAGUUUGAGAGAAGAACCGGAUCCUCCAAUGCCAUCUCCACAGCACACUGCCACCUAAAAAUCACACUAAAAGUCCAUGUCCCUUGUUAUAGAAACUAAUCAAAGAGCUUGCCUUCUGCUCGGGGAGUGGAUUGACUUUGCAGUCUACAAAUCUGCAGUUUCUGAGAGGAUGCUCUUCCUUGCAAACACGCUCGAAUGUGUUCUUUAGGGUUGAAAGAGAGUAGGGUGCUGGAUGGGGUAAUACGAACAUCCGGCACUUCGUGUACAAUCGUUCCACCCGGUCGGAAGUCUUUUGUGCGGCGUCUCACGCGUGUCGGCGUCCUGGCUACAGGCGCCCAGCCUCUACCAAACACUCAAGGAUUGUUCCACUCUAGGCCCAUUUGUCUGAAUGGAGUCCCCGUGUGUGAGGAGGGGAAACGGCUGGUCAGAUCUGCCGCUCGACAUUUUCUACAAGAUCUUCGAGCUGAGCUGCAACGGGAGCUUCAAGCGGAGCUUGGUGCCGUUCCUGGCAUUGUCUGGAGUUUGUAAGUCGUGGAGGAGCAACACUUCGAGGCGCUGCUUUCAGCGACUUAACAUCUUCUGGCCGCUUCCUGGGCUAGAAGCAAAGCUCUGCAGCAAGCACAAGCGAGAGCUCUUGCACUGCGACUGCAUCCAAGCAUCCAUCUCCGCGCUGAUAUCUCGUCUCCAAGAGGUCCACACUCUCAAGCUCCACAGCGUCCACAAGGCAUUGCAAGCUUCCAAGCUAACAGACUCCGCCUGGAUCAACAUGGCAAGCUCGCUGCGAGAGUUGGACAUCGGCGCCGGUCCCGUGAACUUCCAAGUCUUGGAGCGCAUCUCCAGCUGCAUCAACCUCGAAUCACUCAAGAUCAGGUGCUUGGCACCGGAAAGUGACGAGUUUACUUCCGAGGCUCGCGGCGUUGUCUUAAGCAAGCUCCACACGCUGGCGAUGGGCGUGAGCUACACGGCGGCACCGCGGAUGCAGCACAAAGGGUUGGAAAAGUUUCUGGAGCUCUGCCCAAAGCUCGAAAUCAUCAAGCUUGUCGUGGAAGGCCGCCACAGCGCCUUCAUCCUCGAGGUUCCUGCGAGCUUGCGAAACUUUGUUCUUCAUGUCCGAGCAGAUCUGACGAGCAAGGUGGUGGUGGUGGCGCCGGGGAUAGCAAAACUUGAGGCCAUGGACACGCGAAAGGUGGUGGUAGACUCGGCAGCUUGUCUCAAGCGGGUGGUGCUGUGGCCGAAUAUCAUGCUUCAGCUAGGAAACAAUUGCUCUACGCAAGUGGAGCUGGCUCUACGCGGACUUCACUGGGAGUGGUAUCGACUUCGCGAAAUUCCCAGCGGAGUCAAGAGGAUUUGUUUGGGUGAUGACUUUGGUCAGACUUUCUCGAAGUCCGGGAAGCUCGAGUUCUACAGCCUCUUCUCGACAAUGUUCCCCGGAGGCUCUGUGGAGGAGCUGGAGCUCACGACUGGUGUCCUUUCGAGGGUGUGGUAUGACGAAGAGCGGCGUCUCUCAGUACAGCCUUCGACCUGGACGAUAAAACACGUGUUCCUGGUGGUGGCGGAGGAUGAUAUCAAGGCCAUUGCAAAAACGGCCAGCAAUCUCGUCUACUCGUGUGGCGUCCAAUGCGUUUCGAUGAUAUCUCCCCGUGACAACCGAGAAGUUUGGAGGUGGCAGCGUACGAAUGUGCCAGAUCCUACAAGUUUUGAGAGUUUGCUGCUGGGAGAAUCCACCAGAUCCUAGAAACUUUGACAGGAAAGCUCCAAUGUCAAAUAUUGCGCCACGUCGACCCUAAUCCCAACGGCCAAAAUCCCACAUUGUAACAUAAUCGCAUGCUGGCUAAAUUAGUGGCAAAGCAUGCCCCAGCACAGCACUUUGGACCAAAGUUUUCCUUGCAUUAUUCAAAGUGAAAGCUUUGCACUU